AUGGCCACGGUGACAAAAAUCCAAAUUUUCACCGCUCUUCUUUUUGUCGGCUCUAUUUUAUCAUUUUUGCUAUACUUGUUUGGAGUGAAUGACGUGUCAUAUAUUAAGAAUCAUCAUGUCCUCAAUAGCGAAGAGACCGCCGGAAAUGUACCUGGAUAUUGGCCAGAAAACACCACUGUAUUAACGACGCACACCAGCACCCAAGGACGAUCGGAGAACAAAACCAUAUCACAUAUAGCCAAGGUGGACGUCGACAGAAAAGUACACUCAGUCAAUGAAGCGAACGACUCGCUGCUAAAGAAUGACGUGGAACCAAUUAUUCCUCCAGUGAAUAAACAAUAUCUGUUGCCGAUUCACCACUUUGGCAGUGGACCCAACUACAAUUACGAACAUUUUCGAAUGGCCGUGCUCUACGCACUUUAUUCCAAUAGAACCAUUGUAGAAAGUUGGUUUCAUACGCACUUUUCACAAGAAAGACAAGCCAUCGGCUGGAAGUAUCUAAACGAGACAUUUGACGUUGAAGAACUUAGACGGAUAGUUGGUGUGGCAUAUAGAAAUGAGUUUAAGCGCAACUGCAACGGUACUGUGGAUAUUGUAAUAGCAUUGGCAGGUACAGGGGACUACGAACGCCACCUAAAAUUGUUCAACGACACUUUCGGAAUCAAUCUACCGGAAGUGUUAAAUGAUGACGUCACGAUCGAUGAUGUCAGUCAUGUACCCUGUGUUGGAAUAUAUCAACCUAGGAAUUUCGCUGGUAGACAUCUACCAAAGAAGGAUGAGAUCUUACACUUAAUUGACUUGCAUCUUACCCGACCCAGGGUGAUACAAGAUAUGGCCGCUAUGGUCGGCAAUGGAAUAUGUGGUGGAAGGUCAUACAUUUCAGUACACUGGAGAUGUAAAAGCGGGGGAAGCAUUUGCAAUGGAAAUCGCACGUGCUUACUAGCUUUGCAAAGUGCAAUGAACAAAUCAGCACAAGAUAUUGCAGAAGACUUACUCGUUAUAAUGAGGAAACGUAACGUGACGUGCCUGUACGUGGCAUUACCGUCAUAUGCAAUGGAAGCUAUACACUAUUUCAAGAAAAAAAUACCUGAGGUUUACUCUAGCGAAGAUUUAACAAAUAGUGCCAAAUUUCCCACAAUUGCUGCUCUCAGACAUGACAACUAUGUGAUAUCACUUCUGGAGCAGGAACUGUGUAUACGGUCCAGAUUCUUUGUUGAAUGGACGUAUUCCUACUGGUCGCAUAUGGUUGGUUUUCAGAGAAGACUCAGAAAGGAAGAAACUAUUAAUAUAAGAAACCUUCCAGCCUGGAACAGCCGGAAAUUUGUCCAGUUAUUGAAAGAUGUGUUGUCGAUAUUUACUAUACCAGAUAAUAAACAAACUCGUGUCACCAAUAGCACAGACAAAGAAACACAAUUAUCUCAGAAUACAAAAAGUAAGGUUGUUAACAAUGUGGAAGGAGUCAUUGAAUCUUACAAUAAAGUCGAUAUGAAGAUUCCAGGCAAAAAAGAUAUAAACAAAUCUGCCACUGAGGAUUAUAAUAUAGCAGACAAAGACACAUCCAAAAACGUUGACAACCUUAUGAAUGAACAAAGUUUGACUUCAGUUGAGGUCGAUGACGUGAAGGGAAGUCUACAGACUACACAGACACGUGUCAAAAAGCGAUAUUUACUUCCGGUUCAUCACUUUGGCAGCGGACCCAAUUUCAAUUAUGAGCAUUUUAGAAUGGCCGCUGUAUACGCGAUGUAUACAAACCGAUCACUUGUUGAAAAGUGGUUUCAUACUCACUACACCUCCCGCAAUGAAUGGAAACCGCUAAACGAAACGUUCGACGAGUAUGAACUACGACGAUUACUCGACUUGGUUUACAUAGAUGAUUUUAAACGUGACUGUAACAAUACAGUGGACAUGAUAGUCGCCCUCAGCAGUGCGACAGAUGUUUCGUAUACGCAGCAUGUGGGACUUUACGAAAAAGUCCACGGAAUACGACUACCAUCAUACUAUGAACUAAAAUUGACAAGUGACCCGCAAUCAAUAUUUACAGAAGCCAGAUACGUAAGAUGUGUUGGCAUCUACGAACCAAGGAACUUUAUACAUACCAAUAUGCCGGGAAAGAAUAAACUUAUUCAACAAGUAGACAUACAUCUUAUUCGCCCCAAGAAAAUAAGAGAUAUGGCUGACCUGGUCAACGAAAAUAUGUGCAAAGGAAGGUUAUAUAUGGCAGUACAUUUUAGAACAAAGCUGCAAGAAAGAUGUCGCCAUGGGUUGAAUAACUGUGAUCUUGUCAAAUCUGAUGCCAUGCGAAGGUCAGCUUUAAGUGUCGCUGAAGAUUUCACGGAACUUAUGAAGAGAAGAAACAUCUCAUGUUUAUUUGUAGCACAUCCCAACUACGUAACGGAAUACAAAGAUAUUUUUCUAAAAAAAAUUGCAAACGUUUUCACAUCUGAAGACUUAACUAAUAAUAUGACAUUUCCUACGAUUGCGCCUAUAAAGAACGAUAACUACGUCAUAUCACUCCUUGAACAAGAAUUGUGUAUACGUGCAAAGCUGUUUAUAGGAUGGGUAUAUUCGUACUGGUCACAGAUGGUCAUCAUUCAAAGGGACCUCAGGUCAGCAGAAUCAAUGAAUAUCAAACAGCUACCGGGAUGGAAUCCGGAACACAUUCAGGGUUUAGUGAAGCGAAGAUAA